CUGCUCAUCACGUACAUCCGCCCAAUCGAAGGAAUGGAAGAAAUAAUAGGCUGUCAUGAAAAGCAACACAUGACAGUCUAUGAAGGAAGUAGGUCUACAUAGUGCCUCUUAUUCGACCAUUUUGGAUACAGGUGUUGUUUACAGUAUCGAUAAUACCUCGCCAGUGAGUUUAUCUCUGAGGUCAAUUAUUAGCUAACUGCGGGAAUUUACAGAGGGGUGAAAGAGCACUCGUGAAUGUGUCCGAUUAACUCUCAAACUGGUGAAAGAGACUGUGAUAUAUUCAACUGAAAUUGGAAAUACUUGCAUUAUCUGUAAUGGACCCAUUUGACGCCAUGUCUCCGCGCAAGGUUCUGGAGCGCGUCUCUACUCUGCUGGGAUGCAGCCAGACAUCGAAUGAAGUAGCCACAUAUCUGGACAAUCACGACGAACUAAAGCAUCUACGUGAACAGUUUCUAUUACCCAAAGUUGCAGAACUCCCUCCUUCUGACCUUACGCUUGUGGAUGGCACCAAGGAAUGCAUUUACUUUGUGGGGAACUCACUUGGCCUCCAGCCCAAAAUGGCCAAGAAGUACAUUGACGAGGAGUUGGAUAAAUGGGCUAAAACGGGGGUUCAUGGCCAUGUACAAGGCUCUCGACCUUGGGCCUGGGCGGAGAACAAUAUAGAGGGACUCAUGGCUAAUGUGGUUGGGGCUAAAGCUGAGGAGGUUGCCUUGAUGAACGGGUUAACAGUUAAUCUGCAUAUUCUGUUGCUGUCUUUUUACAAACCUACAGCAAAACGUCACAAAAUCCUUCUUGAGGACAAGGCUUUCCCCUCAGACCAUUAUGCUGUGGAAUCUCAGAUCCAGUUGAAAGGUUACGACCCUAAGCAGAGCAUGCUGCUCAUGAAGCCCAGACCGGGCGAGGAGGUGCUGAGAACUGAGGACAUUCUGGACACGAUAGAAAAGGAGGGAGAUUCCAUUGCGGUGGUCCUGUUCAGUGGAGUGCAGUAUUACACCGGGCAGCUCUUUGAUAUGGCCGCCAUCACUAAAGCAGGGCAGAAGAAGGGCUGCUACGUUGGUUUUGACUGUGCACACGCAGUGGGCAAUGCAGAGCUGAAGCUGCAUGACUGGGGAGUGGACUUUGCCUGCUGGUGCUCCUACAAGUAUGUGAAUUCUGGAGCUGGUGGUCUGGCUGGAGCUUUUAUCCAUGAGAAGAAUGCACGUACAGUCAAGCCUGCGCUCACGGGAUGGUGGGGACAUAACCUGAAAACAAGGUUCCGCAUGGAUAAUGAAAUGGAUCUACUACCUGGUAUAAGUGGCUUUCGGCUAUCAAACCAACCCAUCCUGCUGGUGUGUCCACUGCAAGCUAGUUUAGAGGUCUUUGCUAUGACCAGUAUGGCAGCUCUGAGGAAGAAGUCCAGACUUCUGACGGGUUACUUGGAGUGUCUGAUCCAGCACUACUACAACAAGGACGAGUCCCAGCCUCACAAGCCCUACGUCCAUAUCAUCACUCCCUCCCACCCUGAGGAACGAGGCUGCCAACUCUCCCUCUCUUUCUCUGUCCCCAUCGCAGCCAUAUUCCAGGAGCUGGAGAAGAGGGGUGUUGCUUGUGACAUGAGGGAACCCAACGUUCUGCGCAUCGCUCCGGUGCCGCUCUACAACUCCUUUAGCGACGUGCACCGCUUCAUCACUGUUCUAGGAUCAGCUUUGGCUGCCAGCAAAGAACUACAACAAUGAUAGAAACAGUCUUUUAUUGUUACCCCACCUUUCAGAGUAUUUUUGACAGUGCGGUAUGAAAACAAGAUGUUUUUAUCGACUAUGUGCUGGAGUCACUGACAGGUCUUCUGAACUACUGUCCCAAAGAAUUGCAAUAUGUUUUGCCUAGGCUACUCAGUAAAACAAAAUUGGUUGGAAUUGUAUUCCUACUCAAAAUUUAGUGAGACAAGUUUGUUGCCAUACAAUGUCAAAUAAAAGCAAAUAGUCAAUUACUGUGAAUCUCAAUUCAA